CCGGUUCCCUGAGUGGGGAGGUGAAACCCUGAGAGUUGGGGCUAGAGGGCCCGGAGUCAGGGCCGAGGCGGCGGGUGCGCACGGUGCUCCAUGGAGCCCGAGCACCCCCCCCCCCAAGUCCUCUCCACCGUUUCUGUAGGAGCUCGGCAGGGAGCACACGUCCCUCGGGAAGAAAACGGCGCUGGUGGCUGGGCCCGCGCCACGGGAGUCCUCGCUGAGCUCCUAGCGCGUGGCCUGUGCGCGUCUGUGUACCCGUCUGCGGCUUGGGGCAGGGUUGGGGCAGCACCGUGGGGUAACUAUUUGCCGUUGCAGCUGAGGAUGACAGCUGCGGUUUGGGGGUCCCUCGUUCUGUGUCCUGGAACUUUGUAGGGCGUGGCUCUGCCCUGGGCCUCAGCACCAGGUCUCCCCUGCCCGCCCAGGCCUGGCCACCUCCCUCUAGGAUCUGGGUUUGGCUCCUGGUUGGCACUGUCAGCUCUGCAGACGCGUUUUGCCCUCUGUGAUUCUGUCGCCCAUCUUUGAGCACCUGCUUCCAUGGUGGCGUCCUCUGCAGAACUCUGGGAGGGAUUUGCAGUGGGGCUGCAUCUGCUCACUGUCCAGGGUGCCUUGUCCACCUGCCUGGCCGUUUUUGAGGUGUCUGCCGUGUCCGCAGCAUGCACUUCGUCCUGUCAGCCUUGACCAGGGCAGCUGUUAGUUCUGAGAGGUGGACAUGUGGUUGGGAAUGUCAGUGAGUAGGAUCUUCCCUUCUGCACACUUGUCAUUAACCUGAGAACAUGGCAGUGGCGGAGGGGAGGUUUGGCCCCGGGUGCACGGGACUGUGGGCUGGUCCUGUCCGUCUGCUGAGUGGGAUGAGCGUUGGCCCAGUCCUGUGGGCUUGGCGCAGAACCGGCCCCAGCCACGUCCUGGGGAGAUUGGAGGUGCUGGCUGGUCCUGUCUGCCUCCUCCAAGGGCUGGGAGCUCCCCACUCUUUGGACGUUUGUAGUGUAAGGUUCCAUUAUCCAGCAGACAGCCACUGUUAACAGUCACUCUGUUAAUACGUUUUUUUCUGGAGGAACGCUGGACAGAAGUAGUCACGCUCUCCAGGAAACGGGCCCCAGGCUCAAGAGGCCCAGUCUCUUCCUUUGGAGCUCAGAGGUGGCUGUUCAGCCACACCUGGCUCGCCUGGCAGUUUUUCUCCUCUGACUGUAACUAGCCCUUUCAACUUCCUGUGGCCACUGCCCCCAGAGUGUGACCUGGUCUGAGCUGAUGGUGGCGUCCCUGAGCCAAGAGGCGUAUGGCUGGUACCACUAGUGUUGCUGAGAACCUUUCAGGCAGCGCUCUGUGCCCGGCUGUGCCCUGGAGCUCCCCACGCAGUGCCCAAGUCAAAGGCGUGUGCCCUGUGAGGUGUUUACCCGAGUGACUCUCCUUCUAGAAGGACUUCUUGUUUUCCCCUGCACUCAGGGCUGGAGAGGGCUCCGUCCGGGUGGUGCUGACGGUGCAGGCCUGGCUCAGGGCCCAGGGGUGGCCAGGAGGUGGUGGAGGCAGCAGGUGGUGUCCUCCAGGUUCUGUGGUUGAACUGCAUCGCCUGAGGGAACGCUGGUCGGAGUACCGGGGUCCUCUGGUGGUCGCUGGAUUUUGGUAGUUGUGGGUAGGAGCUCUGUGCUGGGAGUGUCUGGCCCCCCAGGUCCUCCAUUGUCGGCUGCAGUGGCCAGGGCCCACUACUCUCCCCCACACUGGGUCGGGGUAACCCACAAGAUGCCACCUGCGUCACUGACCGUCCCUUCCAGAAGCCCGUCCAGCCACACACUCCAUGUGGUAUCUCCCACGAGGAAACGUUCAGUUUUUUCCUGUAAAGUCAGAAAUCUCUUGGGUGGCCUUUUGUCAAGCCAAACAUUAACCUUGAGUUGUCUCUCUGGGUGGCCCCAGGCGGUGCCAGUUCUUAUGUGCGUUGAAGGAGAGUGAAUAUGGCCCUGAGGGAAGCCCAGUUGGUUUGGAUGGGGAGGAGUUGGGGCUACGGCCCUGAGAGAGGUGUGGGUGGUAUUGGGACCAGGCCCCUUCUGCACCCUCCCCUGGCACCACCAUCAACUCCCCAGGCCUGGUGUGGCCCAUGCCACCCUGCCCGUCCAUGCCACCCUGCCCCGCCACCCGUGUCACCCUGCCCACCCGUGUCACCCUGACCUGCCACCCAUCUGUGGUGUGAGGGCUGCUGGGCUGCCCUGUCUGCAUGGCUGGCGUGAGCCUCAGAGGCGUCCGAGGCUGCCUCUCGAGUGGUGUCAUGUGUAGAGUGUCCUGUUGAGAAGGAGAGGAAGGGUGUAGCCCUGAUACCCCACGCGUGGUAGGAGCCGGGAAGGUGGUAUUCUGGGGGUCUUGGAGCUCACAGGGCAUGUGCAUGUGCUGCCUGAAUAAACAGGGAAACGUACGGCUCCACGGGUGUCCUGGAGAGGAAUCUUGCUGGCAAACCCGUGCCUUUGAUCGCAGCCCCUACACUGUGUCCUCUGAGCUGUGAUGCGGCCCCGCAGGCCCUGUGGAGUACCGUGGCUCCGUGGCUCACAGGGAUGCUGCCGUCGGAGGUGCCGUAACGGCUCGUGGGUGACUUGGGCGGUGUCUGUCUGGGGCGCUGUCGUCGGAGGACCUGUAUCAGUCCAUGGGUGACGGGCAGUGUCUGUCUGAGGGAGGUUCUGGUGGCCCCAUGCUCUCAGCCCAGUGGCUCCACGCUGCUGUGUAGGCCCUCUUGGGGGCCUGCCUUCUCUGCCGUUGAAGGGCAGGGGCUCAGUUCCCUCUGGGUGGCAGGCGGCUGUGUCUCAGGACCGGAAGGCUCCAGGUCAGGCUGUGCACAGCCUUCGUUCAUGUCAGCUCCUGGCUGGGCAGCACAGGGGCCUCCAGGCCUGGACAGCCAAGGGGGGCAUCUCACCAAUGCCCAGAUGGCUGUGCUGGGGACUUAUGGCAGGACAGCUUUGUCAUGAGAUGGCCACUCGAGCCUGGAGUAAUCAGGGCUUACGGGGACAGGGCAGGGUGAGGGCUGGUGAGAAUGCCCAGCCUGAGGGUGCCCUUCUGGUGGUUGGGGAGCUCCUUCCUAGGCAGCGGCUUUAGGGGCUGCUGUGGAGAGGGAGAGAUGAGGUUGAUGAGGAGGGGCUUUUGGGACACACUGUCCUGGUAGAGGCUGUGGGGGAGGGGAGCAGACCAGUUGGCCCAGCAGGGCUGGCCAGUGGAGGCACGUGGAGGGUUGGUGGCCACCGAGCCUGGGUCUGAGCAAGCGGGGAUGGGGACCAGGUGCCGAGGCUGGGGAAGAAACGGGGGCAGCCGCUUGGUCCUGGCACAUCUUGGGGUCCCCUGGGACUUCCUGGGAACCCCAGUGCCCAGAGACCCACUGUGGCUGUCUGGCGGGGGGGCAGGUCCCAGCCCGUGGUGACCCCCAGUGUGCCAGGGCAACCCUGGUCCCUCUCCAGAGUGGACCGAUGCCCAGCACACACGUGGUUCAGGGCCGAGUGGGCAGGCAUGGCCAACAGGAGGGAGGAUCCAGCAAGCAGCUGGUGAUGUGUGUCCAGAGACAGGGUGUUGACAUGUGGCCAAGAGGUUCUGGGGUCAUCGGGCCGCCACCGUGCAGCCCCCACCCCAGGACUUGAUGGCUCCAGAGAACCUGGGGACUGCUGCCCUCACCUCACCCCAAUUUCUUUAAAAUGAAUUUUUAUUUUAGAACAGUCUUAGCUUUAUAGGAAAAUAGGAAGUUAGCGCAAGCUUCCCACGUGCGCUGCAGUCACUUCCCUUGUGGGUCUGUUGAGUGCUUUCUUAUAACGUAAGGUUAAGCGUCUGCAGGAUGAGAACCUGGAGACUGUCCUUGUGUUGCUGUGCUGAGAGCCGUGUGCGGCUGUGAGUUUUUGAUGAGGAAAAGCAGUGUGGGUCCUGGGUUUGGACAGCGCAGGCCCCUCUGGGAGCCGAGUGCCUUCACCUCGGAGCGUGUGGGGGAGGUACAGAGCUGGAGCCCUUGACCCUGACCGGCCAGCCAGGAGGGCCGUAGGAGGUCAGCUCCCUGGCGUGAGGUGCCCAGGGCCUCCGGCGUCACCCUGGGUGGGGGCUCCAGGACUCAGACGCUGGCUGUCAGUGGGGCAGGUGUGGCCCAGCAGGGGGCUGCUUUGUGGGUGCACUGUGGCCCCAGGUGGUGCAGAUGGUGGGCAGACCUGCCCCAGGGCUGUUUCUGAAACAGAGGCCCCUGGAGGAGAACCAGGUGCUGGGCCUCAGGUGUCUGUCCUGAACUGGGGCAGCCUUGGAACAAGGAGCCGCAGGAGGUCCCUGUGGCACGGGGCCCUGGCAGGGCCACCCCGGGGAGUGCAGGGCCACAGGAGUCCUGCCGCAGGUUCCUCGGCUCGGGAGCUCACGGCCUGCUCACUGCAGAGUCUUUUCAGGAGGGCCAGGGUGGCCUUCCUACAUCUGCUUCCUCCUCAGAGACACAGGUGUGGGUACAUACUGGCCAGUAUUGAUAAGCAUUGAGUGGUAUUGAGGGGUGUUGAUGAGCCUCCAGGAGCAGCGGCCGGCGCCGUGGUGCUGUGGGCAGUAUUGAUGAGUACUGGCUGGUGUUGAUGAGUUUGACUGGGCGUGGGUGGCGUGGUGCUUUGCCCCCUGGCCAGGCUGGUUCGUGGGUGAAGUGUGACAUUCAGGUGGUUUUCUCCUGUCCUUUUAGUUUCUGUGUUUAUGCAGGAUCCGGGUGCCACGGGGGGAUCUGGCCUUCAGGGCAGGAGGCUGCAGCGCAGGUCAUAGGGGGCCCAGACGCAGGCAGUGGGAUCCCACUCCACAGUUGCUCUUGGGCCCUCCAUCGGGAGCCCCAUACAGCACCUGCCAUGAGGAGUGGUGUUGGGGACCCUGGAUGGGAGCUGUGUGUGUGGGGCUACACCUCAGCCCCUGUGAUGGUGUCUCUGGAAGCUGGAGGCGGUCAGCCUGUAUGCUUGAAUCCUGCAGAGGGAAUUGAGGGGCGGAGAUUUGUCUGCGAGGCCUCUGGCAGGGGUUGGCCUUACGGCGCACCACCAGGGUCUUAGGCUUGACUGAGUGGCCCCUCCUGGCCUGGCAGGCAGUCGUCUCUGCCCAUGCCUGCCACGCUGCUGGGCUGGUGGUGGCUGGCUCCUGUCCUGGUUAGCCUGAUGUCAGCUGCACGUUGGGGUCAGCGCCUGUGCUGUGUCUUCAUGCCAGAGCAGGGGUCAGGUGUGGGUUGCUCAGUGACACCCUCCCGAGGGCUGGGCGAUCGUGUGCACUCCCAGCACCCUCUACCUUGCAGGGCUGCGUUCCUGGAAGGCUUGGCCCCCUCAGGUGCCCCCUGCCCCUGUGCCAUUCAGCCAUCAGGGUUCAUGCCCUCAGCUUCCCGCGAGGCCCUGGUCGUAGCCGUCAGGAAGAGCUGAGCCGUGCUUUUGGGAGAAUCGAGGGAAUGUCGCUGGGAUGCACCAAGGGUCGGAGGUGGAGCUGGCGUGGCCCAGGGCAGGCAGUACCAGGCCGGAUGCUGGAAAGCCAGCAGCUCCUCUCCCGGUGGCUCCUGGGAAGUUCCACGUCCUUGCCUGGUCACAGAGGCCCGGGAAUCGGUGACAUGAGAUAGAAGCUUCCAGAACAGGAGGCAGAGCCCUUCCGCAGUUUCCCUGCCCACAGCACACACCCUGUGCCCUCCACCCCCUGGUUUUUGAACACUGGGGACAUCUGGGUGCGGCUAGAGCCUGUGGGGUGGCCGCAGCCCUGGGGGGCUGUUUCCAAGAGUCAGCCUAGGGGCCACUGAGGCCUGGCCUCGGGCCUGGCACUGCGACCUCGGGGUGAGCGCCCCUCGUGUGUGCGGCAGGAGCCGGGGCCCCUGGCUGGCAGCAGGCUCCCGAGUCCAGUAAGACUUUGACCCCGACGCAGGCUUCAGUGAUUGCCGUGGAUCAGAAGCCUGAGCGCUUUGGCUCAAGACAAUUAAGGACGUGGGAUGAGGCUCCGAGACAGGACGCGGUUCUGCCUGGGGAUCCUGAAGAUAAAAAGCUUUGAAAAGUCGAAUUCAUGGUCGUGGAAGCUGAGGCCAUAUUAAGAGAUGUCAGGCGUCCGACCUCCAAUCAUGAACGGGCCCCUGCACCCGCGGCCCCUGGUGGCGCUGCUGGACGGCCGGGACUGCACAGUGGAGAUGCCCAUCCUGAAGGACGUGGCCACUGUGGCCUUCUGCGACGCGCAGUCCACGCAGGAGAUCCACGAGAAGGUCCUGAACGAGGCCGUGGGGGCCCUGAUGUACCACACCAUCACACUCACCAGGGAGGACCUGGAGAAGUUCAAAGCCCUCCGCAUCAUCGUCCGGAUCGGCAGUGGUUUUGACAACAUUGACAUCAAGUCGGCCGGGGAUUUAGGCAUCGCCGUCUGCAACGUGCCUGCGGCGUCUGUGGAGGAGACGGCCGACUCGACGCUGUGCCACAUCCUGAACCUGUACCGGCGGGCCACCUGGCUGCACCAGGCAUUGCGGGAGGGCACGCGAGUCCAGAGCGUCGAGCAGAUCCGCGAGGUGGCGUCCGGCGCCGCCAGGAUCCGUGGGGAGACCUUGGGCAUCAUCGGACUCGGUCGCGUGGGGCAGGCGGUGGCGCUGCGGGCCAAGGCCUUCGGCUUCAACGUGCUCUUCUACGACCCUUACCUGUCGGACGGCGUGGAGCGGGCGCUGGGGCUGCAGCGGGUCAGCACCCUGCAGGACCUGCUUUUCCACAGCGACUGCGUGAGCCUGCACUGCGGCCUCAACGAGCACAACCACCACCUCAUCAACGACUUCACCGUCAAGCAGAUGAGACAAGGGGCCUUCCUGGUGAACACGGCCCGGGGCGGCCUGGUGGACGAGAAGGCACUGGCCCAGGCCCUGAAGGAGGGCCGGAUCCGCGGCGCGGCCCUGGACGUGCACGAGUCGGAACCCUUCAGCUUUAGCCAGGGCCCCCUGAAGGAUGCACCCAAUCUUAUCUGCACCCCCCACGCUGCGUGGUACAGCGAGCAGGCGUCCAUCGAGAUGCGAGAGGAGGCGGCACGGGAGAUCCGCAGAGCCAUCACAGGCCGGAUCCCAGACAGCCUGAAGAACUGUGUCAACAAGGACCAUCUGACGGCAGCCACCCACUGGGCCAGCAUGGACCCCGCUGUCGUGCACCCUGAGCUCAACGGGGCCGCCUAUAGCAGGUACCCUCCAGGCGUGGUGGGCGUGGCCCCCACUGGCAUCCCAGCUGCUGUGGAAGGUAUCGUCCCCAGCGCCAUGUCCCUGUCCCAUGGCCUGCCCCCUGUGGCCCACCCACCCCAUGCCCCUUCUCCUGGCCAAACCGUCAAGCCCGAGGCAGAUAGAGACCACGCCAGUGACCAGUUGUAGCCCGGGAGGAGCUCUCCAGCCUCAGCGCCUGGGCAGAGGGCCCGGAAACCCUCGGACCAGAGUGUGUGGAGGAGGUGCCUGUGUGGCGGCCCUGGCACUGCAGAGACUGGUCCGGGCUGUCAGGAGGCGGGAGGGGGCAGCGCUGGGCCUCGUGUCGCUUGUCGUCCGUCCUGUGGGCGCUCUGCCCCGUGUCCUUCGCGUUCCUCGUUAAGCAGAAGAAGUCAGUAGUUACUCUCCCACGAACGUUCUUGUCUGUGUACAGUUUUUAGAACAUUACAAAGAAUCUGUUUGCUUAGCUGUCAACAAAAAGAAAACCUGAAGGAGCAUUCGGAAGUCAAUUUGAGGGUUUUUUUUUUUUUUGGUUUUUUUUUUUUUUCUUUUUUUUUGUAUGUUGGAACGUGCCCCAGAAUGAGGCAGUUGGCAAACUUCUCAGGACAAUGAAUCCUUCCCGUUUUUCUUUUUAUGCCACACAGUGCAUUGUUUUUUCUACCUGCUUGUCUUAUUUUUAGAAUAAUUUAGAAAAACAAAACAAAGCUGUUUUUCCUAAUUUUGGCAUGAACCCCCCCUUGUUCCAAAUGAAGACGGCAUCACGAAGCAGCUCCAAAAGGAAAAGCUUGGGCGGUGCCCAGCGUGCCCGCUGCCCAUCGACAUCUGUCCUGGGGAUGUGGAGGGUGGCAGCGUCCCCGCCUGCACCAGUGCCGUCCUGCUGAUGUGGUAGGCUAGCAAUAUUUUGGUUAAAAUCAUGUUUGUGACUGUAACCAUUUGUAUGAAUUAUUUUAAAGAAAUAAAAAUCCCGGAAAGAGCCA